UUGAGUCCAGGCUCUGUACCCUCCCCAGCCUGCCAGCCAAUCAAACUAAGGGGAUCUCAGCAAAUACACAGCCUAUUUCCUACUUGUAGAAUAAGGAAGUCAGAGAAAAGCAGAAAAAGAACACAACUGUACUUCAGAAAGACUAGGAAAUGAUGUGAAAUCCAACAGCGUCUCUCCUGACCGUGGACACACACAGACCUUAUCCCCAGAGGCCUCAGGUCUCUGACUCUGGAAACCUCAGUUCUUCUCUUCUAGCCGAUGUGUCCCCAUUGUCUGUCUCUUGUGCCCACAGCAGCUACAAAAUAUGGAGAAUGACCAGCACCCUGGAAGUUCAGGCUGGAACGGGCAUCUCGAUGCCCAGCACAGAGAGAAAACGGACACUGAAGCAGGAGCUGCAGCCCCACUCCAUCCUGAUACCUUCAGCCCAAGACCAGAGAAAGACUUGAAUUUCAGCAAUGACCCAAGCUCCAACUCUUCCAUGACCACGAAGGAGCUCCAGGAAUAUUGGAAGAAUGAGAAAUGCCGCUGGAAACCAGUCAAACUACUCUUUGAAAUAGCAUCCACCAGAAUUGCAAAAAAAUAUUCUUCCAAAUAUGUGAUGUACAAAAUCAUUGUCAUCCAGACAGGGAGUUUUGACAGCAACAAAGCCAUCUUGGAGAGGCGGUACUCAGACUUUGAGGUGCUCCACAAAAACCUCCUGAAGAAUUUCAGUGAAGAAAUUGAAGAUAUCACCUUUCCCAAGAAAUAUCUGACAGGCAACUUCACAGAGGAGAUGAUCAGUGAGAGAAAGCUCGCCUUCAAGGAGUACCUGAGCCUUCUGUAUUCCAUCAAGUGUGUCCGCCGCUCCAGGGAGUUCAUCGACUUUCUUACCGGAGCAGAGCUGAAGGAGGCCUAUGGCUGCCUCAGGGCAGGACAGUACGUCAAGGCCUUGGAUAUUUUUAUCCAGGUGGUGCCUCUGCAGGAGAAACUCACCUGCCACUGCCCCACUCUGGUGAUCCCUUCCCUGUGUGCCAUGCUAGUAUGCCACCGAGACCUGGAGCGCCCUGCAGAGGCCUUUGAGGUUGGGGAGAAGGCUCUUCUUAACUUACAGACCCGCUCUAGCCAUAAGUACUAUGACCCAUUACUGGAGGCUAUGAUCCACCUGGCCUACAUGCUGGGGAAGGACUUUGUAUCUUUGCAGGAGAAGCUGGAAGAAAGCCAACUCCAGAAGGCCCCAGCCAAAGGCAUCACCUUGAAAGAACUCGCUGUCCGAGAGUACCUACACUAAAUGCAAUGAUAAUAAUAAUAGCUCCCAUUUCUGUAUGGCUUUGCAGCCAAGUCAGGUCAAGUCAACAAGGAUUUAUCAAACUCUUACGAUGUGCCAGGAGCCAUAUUAAGCACUGGGGAUACAAAGACAGGUAAAAACUAUCUUUAUUCAGAAAGAGUUCCCAUUUUGGUAGGGGAGACGACAUAGAACCAUGUAGGUAAAUAACAGGGAGGUAGACUGAAGAUAUAGACAGAGAGAUAUAAGACACUGAGAGGGUAAGGCAGUAACAGCUGGAGGGACUGAGGACUCCCAGAGUAAGUGGGAUUUGAGUUGGGCCUUGAAGAUAGUAAGAGAAAACUAAGAGGCAAAGGUGAGCAUUCCAGCAAGGGGUACAGCUACUACAAAGCAUGGAGAGAGGACAUUGACUGUCAUACUCAAGGCCACUGUUGCUAGAAAAGAGUGUCAUGGAGAAUAAGAGGUAAGAAGACAGGAAGGCAACUUUAAAAACUCUUUUUUUUUUAAAUUUUACAACAGACCUGUGAGGUAGUUGGGGCAGCUAGGUAGCACAGUGGA